GUGCAGCUGCAUGCUGGCCUGGUAUACAAUGGGCUCUCUCCCUAGAGGAUGGAAAGGAUUGUGCAGCUGAGAAAGAAGCUCUCAGCGGGAGGGGGCAAGCGGCUUGACUGACAGGGGAGCGGGCUGGCUUUUUGGAGAGCUCUUAGCAACGGCCCUGGUUUGACCCUCCUCAGCCAGUGGAAAAUCAAAUCAGCGUGCCAUUCUUCUAGGCGCGAUGCGGCAGCAGCAGCAGCUGAAGGCCAAGGCCGCCUCCCCCCAGCCUGUUCAUCACCUGCCCUUUCAGUCGCCUGGUUCCUGCCUUUGCAGACUGCUACCGAGAGGGGGAGGAAACGACCACCAUCCAUCCCUCUUGCUGCUUGCGGGAUUCAGGCUCCACCGUGAAGCCCCCCUGGCUUCAUUGGCUCCUUGAUUUAAACCACGCCCGGCUUUCUGGCCGCCUGGCGGCUGCUCGGCCAGGCCGCCCAGCCACACGCAUCCCAACCCCGCUUGCAGGGAGCCCGGGGCUGCAGCUGCUAUUGUGUGGAUGCCGCGCGCGUCCUCUCUUCUUUCCAGAGAUGGCUAACAGGGGCCCGAGCUACGGCUUAAGCCGAGAGGUGCAGGAGAAGAUCGAGCAGAAGUAUGAUGCGGACCUGGAGAACAAGCUGGUGGACUGGAUCAUCCUGCAGUGCGCCGAGGACAUAGAGCAUCCGCCCCCCGGCAGGGCCCAUUUUCAGAAAUGGUUAAUGGACGGGACGGUCCUGUGCAAGCUGAUAAACAGUUUAUAUCCACCAGGACAAGAGCCCAUUCCCAAGAUCUCAGAGUCAAAGAUGGCGUUUAAGCAGAUGGAGCAAAUCUCCCAGUUCCUAAAAGCCGCAGAGAUCUACGGUGUCAGGACCACCGACAUUUUUCAGACGGUGGAUCUGUGGGAAGGGAAGGACAUGGCGGCUGUGCAGAGGACCCUGAUGGCUCUAGGCAGUGUUGCAGUCACCAAAGAUGAUGGCUGCUAUCGGGGGGAGCCAUCCUGGUUUCACAGGAAAGCCCAGCAGAAUCGGAGAGGAUUUUCUGAGGAACAGCUUCGCCAGGGCCAGAACGUAAUAGGCCUGCAGAUGGGCAGCAACAAGGGAGCCUCCCAGGCAGGCAUGACCGGGUACGGGAUGCCCAGGCAGAUCAUGUAAGAUGCCGCAUCCCCACCCCACAGUAGAGAGGACGAAUGUUCCACACAUGGUCUCUAUGAAAAAGAAAUAGUUAGUCACCUUCUGACCUUCUCCUCUUUCUCAAAGCCUCCUGUCCCUGGUUUUCCAAGUGCUGCAUUUCUGCUGAGAAUCCACGUUGCCUACUGCUGCCACCUUCUGUUCAUUUAGAACUAUGCAAAGACUCCGCUUUCCUCCUCCUGAGCUCUUUUCUUUGCUCUAAAAUCUGUUUGAUUAUUUAUUUAUUUAUUUGCCAAAAAUUUUCCUCCUCAACUGAUAGAACGCACCUAAUAAACAAAUUAGUCUUGUGUCUUAAA